AUGGCGCACGCCGCGGCGCUCGGCUCGGCGACCCAGUUGCUGUGCGCGGCGGGCGGUGUCCUGGAGUUGGACGAGCUGCGGGGGCGGCUGCGCGUGGACGCGGUGGCGCUGGAGGCGCUGCUGCGGGACAGCGAGCGGCUGGCGGUGGCCGUGCGGGGGCCCGGGGAGCGGACGCGGCGCGUGGUGCUGGCGGUGAGCGCCCUGCGCCUCUGCCGUGGGCCCCAGGGCGGCCAGGAGGCUUGCGUGGGGCUCUGCUCGCAGCUGCACCUCUGCAAGUUCCUGCUCUAUGGCGCCUGCAAGUUCCAGAAGGCCGGGAAGGGCUGUAGGAAUGGCCACAGCCUGAAGACCCUACACAACCAGGGUGUGUUGAGGGCCCAUGGCAUAGACCACCUCAACUUCAUGGAGCUCUGCCAGCUCCUAUUCCAGAAUGACCCCUGGCUCUUACCGGAGAUCUGCCUCCAUUACAACAAAGGAGAUGGGCCCUAUGGCUCCUGCACCUACCAGACACAGUGCGUCAAACUCCACAUCUGCCUGUACUUCCUGCAGUGUGAGUGCAAGUUCGGUGCCAGCUGCAAGCGAUCCCAUGACUUCUCCAGCCCUGAGACGCUGGCCAAGCUGAACAAGCUGGGUAUGAGCUCCGAAUUGGUGCGGAGGCUGCCUGCCAUGUAUAGGAAUGCACAUGACAUCAAGAAUCGGAGCUCUGCCUCAGACACCCUGCCUUCGGUCCUCCGGGCAACUUCAGAAAAAAGAGAUACUUCAUGUUCUGGGACCCCACGUACUACCAGCGAAGAGGAGAGUGAUCAGAUAUGCCUGUACCACAUCCGGAAAAGUUGCAGCUUCCGAGACAAGUGCCAUCGGGACCAUUUCCAUCUGCCGUAUCGCUGGCAGUUCUUGGAUGGAGGCAAGUGGAAGGAUCUGGACAACAUGGAGUUCAUUGAAGAGGAGUACAGCAACCCCGGGAAAAGCUGGGUCCUCUGCUCCAAGUUGGCCAAUAGCCUGUCCUCAGAGUAUUUGAACUUUGACUCCAUGACCUUCGGUGCCCUCCCAGCCCGCCGCCUCUCUACGGCCUCCUCAGUCACCAAGCCCCCACACUUCCUCCUCACCACUGAGUGGCUGUGGCGCUGGGCUGAUGAGGCCGGCUCUUGGCAGGAAUAUGGAAGGCAGGGCACGGAGCACCCUGUGGCCACCGUCAGCAGCUCUGAGUUGGAGAAGGCCUACCUGGCGUACUGCAUGCCGGGCUCAGACGCCCAGGCAGCCACUCUUCAGUUCCAGGCCGGAAAGCAUGAGUACGAGUUAGAUUUCAAAGCCCUUGUCCAGAGAAACCUGCGCUACAGCACAGUCAGAAAGGUUUGCCGGAGACCCAAAUAUGUGUCCCCACAGGAUGUGAAGAAGAAGCAAACCUGCAGUGGCAUGCUUUUAGGCCCAAAGAGCAUCCCAGACUAUUGGGACUCAUCUGCCGUGCCGGACCUGGGAUUCAAGAGAGUUGCCCUCAUCCCGUCCUCGGAGGAGCACCAGAAGGUCUGUGAGCUUUUCAGCCGCACGCUGCCCUCCUACCUAAUCCAGAAGAUUGAGCGCGUGCAGAACCUGGCCCUCUGGGAAGUCUACCAGUGGCAGAAGAGUCAGAUGCAGAAGAAGUGUGGAGGUGCCGCAGUGUACGAGAGGCAGCUCUUCCAUGGCACCAACGCCUGCUUUGUGGAUGCCAUCUGCCAGCAGAACUUCGACUGGCGCAUCUGUGGACUUCACGGCACCUCCUAUGGCAAAGGGAGCUACUUCGCCCGUGACGCUGCGUACUCUCACCACUACAGUGAGGCCAGCGCACAGUCCCACAGGAUGUUUCUGGCCCGAGUGCUGGUAGGCGAGUUUGUCCGUGGCUGUGCCACCUAUGUCCGCCCACCAGCCAAGGAGGGCCAGGCCACCACCUUCUACGACAGCUGCGUGAACAGCAUGUCUGACCCGUCUAUCUUUGUGGUCUUUGAGAAGCACCAGGUCUAUCCUGAAUACCUCAUCCAGUACACCACCAGCGCCAGACCCGUGGCCUCCCUCGUGGCCCCGGCCUCCCUCGCGGCCCCGGCCUCCCUCGCGGCCCCGGCGUCCCAGGCGGCCACCGCCUCCCUUGCGGCUCCGGUGUCCAGGGCGGCCACCGCCUCCCUCACGGCCACGGCCUCCCUCUCCGGCCCGGCCUCUGUUGGAACCACUGCCGCGGGCCAGCCACGCAUGGGCAUCUGGGGGUGGUUCGCCCGCUGA